UACACAGCAGAGCUGUGAAAUGGAAUUCGUGGAAGAUAUUGUCAUCGUGGGCGCAGGGAUAGCAGGCCUUGCAACAUCGUUAGGACUUCACAGGUUUUCCUAAGAUCAUCUUCUUUGGGUGUUGCCUCGUACUUGAUGGAUGGGAUUGAGAAGCUUGGUUUUGGAGUCAUCGGACAACUUAAGAACAAGUGGGUUUGCCUUCGCAACCUGGACCAAUGCUUGGAAGGCAUUAGAUGCUCUUGGCGUUGGUGAUUCACUUAGGAAACAACACGUUCAGCUUCAGGGGUCGGUUGGUGCUUCCAUUGCUACUGGAGUUACUACCUCACGAAUAUCGUUCAUAACAAGGGGGAAACGAGGAGAUCAUGAAAUACGUUGUGUGAGGAGGGAUUUGUUGCUUGAAGUGCUUGAAAGGGAGCUUCCUCACGGCACCAUUAGGUUCGGCUCCAAGGUGGUUUCUAUUGAGCUGAUGGGAGAGGAAAAGUUGGUGCAUUUGGCAGAUGGCUCCAUCCUUAAAACCAAGAUCUUGAUAGGGAGUGAUGGAGUCAACUCAGUGGUGGCCAAAUGGCUGGGUCUCCAGAAACCCGCCUACACAGGGCGUUCGGCCACAAGGGGCUUUACAGAGUUCCCAGAAGGCCACGGCUUCAAGCCUGAGUUGUUGAUGUACAUUGGAAAUGGCUUCCGGUUUGGUUUCAUGCCUUGUGACGAAAGGACCAUCUACUGGUUUUUCACUUACAAUUCGUCGCCCCAACUUAAAGAUGUGGAAGAAAACCCAGCCAAGAUGAAGGAGUACGUGUUGAGCAUGCUUCAGAAAGUUGCUGAACUAGUAUUGGACAUUGUGGAAAACUGCAAACAGGAUACUAUCAUUUCCUCUCCGUUGAGAGUCAGGUUUCCAUGGGAUGUUUUGUGGGGGAAUAUAUGCAAGAACAAUGUCUGCGUGGCUGGUGACUCCUUUCAUCCAAUGACUCCAGAUCUUGGCCAGGGAGGGUGCUCAGCAUUGGAAGACGGGGUUACUCUGGCAAGGUGCAUUGGGGAGGCCUUGUUGGGAAAAUCUACUGAAGAAGAAGAUGAAUGUGGUUGGAUAAGGAGGGGGUUGGAUAAGUAUGCCAAGGAGAGGAGAUGGAGAGUCUUUGAUCUCAUAACUACUUCUUAUGUAUUGGGUUGGAUACAGCAGAGCAAUGGCGUGGUGAUGAGCUUCCUGAGGGAUAAGUGCUUUGCUGGAUUGAUGGCUGGGAUUUACCUAGAGAAGGCCGAUUUCGAUUGUGGGACCCUGUCGAGGGAUUAAAAGUGCAAGUGCAAUGUCACCUGAAUUUUGAAUAGGAGACCCGUAGAAAUCUGAGCCAAUUUACACCCGUAGGCUGGGUUUUGUUGCUUACACGCUAGCCAAUGCCUAUCGAAUUUCACAGCAUUCUUGGCUAUGUACCCAUCCAUGUUGCAUCCCAACGGAAAAACGGUCAGAAAUUAGCCAUAUUCAAAAAAUUAGGUGGGCCAUACGAUUUUGAACAGUGUGAAAUCAUGCCAAUGCGGUCAAAGAUGAAUGGAGUUUUCCUUCCUUUUCAA